AUGAUUAAAGAGACAAAAAACAAAUUUUCUAUUAUAUUUAAAUUUUGUAUGCGUGAUUUUUUGUUUUUUAAUUGUGUUUAUAAUUUAGUCGAACAUUAUGGAUUGCCCGCCACUUGUCAAUUUAUUUAAUAAUCCUAAAAUAAUGUGGUAUCAAACGGAUAUUACGAUUGUUAUUCGUAUUAUAUUACAAGAUGUUAAAGAUUAUUUUCUUAGAGUCGAAGUUGAUCAUUUACAGUUUAGCACCAUAUUAAACGACAAAGAAUAUUAUGUCAAUUUGUAUCUAUUUGGCAGCGUAGUACCAGAAAAAACGACUCACAUUAAUUUGGAAAGAGAAAUUAAAAUCAAUCUCACCAAAGCAUUUAAAUGGUUACCUUGGUUGAGAUUACAAAUUAAUAAAGAAAAAUGUCCUUAUAUUAUUCUCGAUACAGAACAUUUAUAUGAAACUAAUUAUAGUAUGGAUGAAAAUAGGCUUAUAAUGAUUGAUGAGAGCCCAAAGUUAGCUGAAAGUUUACGCAAGGAAAAUAUUCUACCUGAGAUAGUUGAUGAUGAUAGUGAGGCCUCUGAUGAAUGGAUGGAUGAUAUAUUUUUAUAACACAUUUAUUGCUAGUUAUAACAAUUUUUUAACUAUUAUUUUUUAAUAUAACAUUAAUCACUUUAUAUUUGAAAAUUAUUUUUAAAGUAGAAUCUUAAUUUCUUGACUUACAAUUUGGUUAGAACAAUUCAGUAAUAUUUCUACGAGUAAGAAAUGCUCUUUCUUGUUUUUUUUAUUUUUUUUUUAUAGAAUGUUUUCUUUAUUACUUUCCUUUUUAUAGUUUUAAGUCAUUUUUCUACAAAAAUCUUCUUACACAUAGUCCAUAUUUGUGUGAGUUACAGUGCGAGUUAAUAGCACACAAUUUUUUCAUUACCUAUGUACGAGUUAUCUAUCAAUUUACACAACUAUGCCGAUUGUGCCUUGACUUUAGUAAUCUGAUAGGAACUAGUGUUUCGAUGUGUCUAGGCUGUUGACAUUUUUAUGGAAUGUUUAUAUGGGGUAAUAAUUAUAUAAUAAUAAUGAAAGAAUCUCUGAAAUAACAGUAUGAAUUUUUUGUAAUAAAUAAUUUUAUUACUUAAGAUCAAGCGUAUAUAUCAUACGAUGAAAUUAAAAGAACGUUCUUUAAAAAAACGUUUGAAAAUUUAUAAAAAUUUAAUAUUCUUGUUAAAAUCUAAGAAUGUAAAGUAUAUUUUUAAAAGAAUAAAAUCAAUUCAAAGA